AUGCCACCGAAGCGCAUGACGGCGAACCCGCUUAAGCCUUCGCGGCAUCGCGCUGGCAAGCAAACCGGCGCCGAGUCCUCCGACUCCGACAGCGACACCGAGGAAGCGACCACCGCGCCCGUCGCCGCCAUCCCGCCGCCGCCCGCCGCCGCCAGCGCUGGCAAGAUCAUCAGCAACCUGAGCAAGGUCGACCUCAAUGCGCGCCGACAAGAAGCGCAAGUCGCCGAGGCGCAACGGCUGGCCGCCGAGAAUGCGGAGCGGCUCGCCCUGGAGGAAGGCUUCGUGACCGAGGAGGAGGAGGAGGACGCCAAGGACGACGACGACCCCUCUGACGGGUCCGAGGAGGAGGACUCGGACUCUGAGGAGGAUAGCAGCGAAGACGAAGCCCCCCGAAGAAUGAUGAUGCGGCCAAAGUUCGUACCCAAGAGCCAGCGCGCCGCUGCCAACGGCCAGGCAGCCACCGAAGCCGAGGAAGAGGAAGUGGCUGCCCGGCAGAAGAAGGCGGCCGCCGACGCGCUUGUCGAGGAACAGAUCAAGAAGGACCUCGCCGCGCGGGCGGCCGGCAAGAAGCACUGGGAGGACGACGACGACGCCGACGGCGCGGCCUCGGACGUGGACACGACCGACGGGCUGGACCCGGCGGCCGAGGAGGCGCAGUGGCGGGUGCGCGAGCUCAAGCGGGUGCGGCGCGCGCGCGCGGCCAUCGAGGAGCGCGAGGCGGAGCUCGCCGAGGUGGAGCGCCGGCGCAACCUGACCGCCGAGGAGCGCGCCGCCGAGGACGCGGCGUUCCUGGAGGGCCAGCAGCGCGACAAGGACGCGAAGGGUCGCGCGGGGUACAUGCAGCGCUACUUCCACAAGGGCGCGUUCUUCCGCGAGGAGGCGGAGGCGGCGGGGCUGCUGCAGCGGGACCUGAUGGGGGCGCGCGUGGAGGACGACGUGAGGGAUCGGGAGGCCCUGCCGGCGUACCUCCAGCGGAGGGACAUGACGAAGCUGGGCCGCAAGGGCGCGACGAAGUACAGGGAUAUGCGCACGGAGGACACGGGGUCCUGGGGCGGCGGCGGUGGAGGUGCGAGGCGUGGGGGAGGAGGUGGUGGGCGGUAUGAUGGGGACGAGAGGUUUAGGCCGGAUGACGAGCGCUUUCGACCAGACGACCCGGCGGGUGGAAGGGGCGCCAAUGCGAUGCCGUUGGGUGAGAGACGGCGUGACGGCGGCGGUGGUGGCAGACGCUCGCGGUCGCGGUCGAGGUCGCCGAGGAGAGAAAGGGACGAGUAUCGCGGGAGCAGGAAGAGGAGCUCGUCGCGAGAUCGCGGCGAGGACAAGCGACGAAGAGUGGAAGCGGACCGGUAG